AUGACAACUUUCUCUGACAUGGCUACUAUGACCGAAAGCGCUACAUCCAGUCCUCUGUCUACCAAUACUUCCUCACAAAUAGGAGGUAAUGGCUUUACAAACUCAAAUCCUGGAGGUCUUAGCUUCAGCUGGACGACAGUCAUUGUUCUUCUGAUUGCAAUUUCUAUAGUGACUGCUCUUUACCACGUUUUGCGUAGAGUUAAUCAACGACAUGCAGAGCGCAUGCAGGCCCAAAGCCAACAACAGGGGGUACGACUGCGUCAUCGCUUAUUAGGCAACAUGUUUGAUCCUAACCCAAGAUCACUUCCAGUACCACCCCCAACAUAUUCAGACAUGGAGAUAUGUGUACCGCGAGAAAGCGAUGGCUCAGAAUUUCCACCAGACUAUGAAGCAGUAUUACAAUCACGACUUCAUGUCGAGAUUCUCGGUACGUUUCAGCAGCAUAGCGCUCUCGGCUCAUUUACAGACAACGAGCUGGAGAAUACAGCCAAUACUAUAGAAAGUGUAGAGACGGCAGAUCCUCCGGCAUUGACAUCAGAAACAGUACCUCAUGAUUCCGAACCCACUCCAAUAAUGGUUGAAUCCCAGCCACACCAACCAAUUUAG